AUCUUCGCCGACGAUACCUACAGCAAACCGUACUUCGUUACCUACGUCAACACCUCCUUCUUCAUCCUCCCGCUCAUCCCGAUCCUCAUCGUCAAACACCGCCGCAACCCAGAGGACCUACGAAGAUGGAAGGAAGAGCUACGGAACAGGAUAUACGCUCGCUAUGCGCCUCUCAAGCAGCAAGAGGAGGCAGAUCCUCCAGGAUACUACGACAGUCCCGUGUUCCACCAUAGCGCGCCAUCCACCAACCCGUCCGCUACCCACCUGCUCGACGAUCCUUCCAACGACCUCUCCCAAAGCCAAGUCCUCAGCGCAAAGGAUGUCCUCUCUGCGCCCUCCGCCCCAUCCCACCUGCAACCACUCAAUCUUGCCGAAAUCUUCCGCCUCUCCCUCGAAUUCUGCAUCCUCUGGUUCCUUGCCAACUACUUCGUCGCCGCUUGUCUGCAAUAUACCUCUGUCGCAUCCUCCACGAUUCUCACCUCCACUUCUUCCGUCUUCACCCUCAUCUUCGGCGCCAUGUUCAAAGUGGAAAUCUUCACUCUGCGGAAACUCCUCGGCGUCAUCGCUUCUCUAUCGGGUAUUAUCCUCAUCUCCCUCAUCGACUUCUCUGGCCGGUCGUCGGACGACAAACACCGAGGCGACUUCCCGCACAAGUCGACGCGAGAAAUUGCAAUUGGAGACUUGUUGGCGUUCGCGUCGGCGAUCAUGUACGGUCUGUACGCGGUGUUCAUGAAGAAGAGGAUCGCAGAUGAGACGAGGGUGGAUAUGCCGAUAUUCUUUGGCCUGGUGGGCGUGAUCAACGUUCUGAUCCUCUGGCCGGGAUUGUUCGUGCUGCAUUUCACCGGCGUGGAAACGUUCGAGAUGCCACCCACCGCGUACGUGUGGAUGAUCAUCGUGUGCAACUCUCUGGGCAGUCUGGUCAGCGACAUGGCGUGGGCGUACGCAGUACUCUUGACGAGUCCGAUUGUCGUCACGGUCGGGUUGAGCAUUACCAUCCCAUUGAGCCUGGUAGCUCAGAUCAUCAUCAAUCGGCAGACUGUGGGACCGUUCUAUUGGGUGGGAGCGUGUAUUGUCGUGGCGUCGUUUCUGUUUGUCAAUCAUGAGGAGAAGAAAGAUGAGGCUGUGCUCGUGGUGGGACCGACAGCGGCGGAGGAGGAGGGACAGAGGCAGAUGGAUUUGGACAGUGGAGGGAGGAGAGAAGAGGAUGAGGGAUUUCCUUGA